UUUUGCGCAGACUGCUCCUCUGCGACAGGCGGUUGAGUUUGUUGCUCCUGCUGCGCAUCCUGCGGCGCCUCCAUGGGCACGGGCUGUGCCAGCGCCUCCAUCUUAAGCCGUCAAAAUGUGUACAGAUUCAAGUAAUCGUACUUAAUCCAGCAUCUCCACCACACCAAGCAUUCACUCUUGCUUUAUCCGAUUUUUGGCGCCAAUAGCCAAAUUAGCAACAAUGGCCGAGAGCUCUGCCCGCACUGGCAGCGACGCUGAGCGCGAUGAGCUCACGGCCUCUGCACAACACGACGAAGAGCUCGAGGACUUUGGUGUGGCCUCAUCCGACGAAGAGGCCGACGCUAAUGAGCCUCAGCUCGACGACGCAAUGAUGAACGAACUGCUGCUUGUGUGCUCCAACUUGGGUAUGCUUCGCGUACAAAACGAAGGCGAGGAGCCUGUGCUGAUGCGUGGCGAGAACUGCGCCGAGUGGAUCCACGAUCUCCAGCGCGCUUUGCGUAGAGACCACGCGAAGCACAAACUGGUGGCCAAGCAGUUGGGCAAAUGGAAGAUCUUACAGAAGAAGCUACUGCCACUGCUCGUCAAUCACCAGCACGACUGGGCGCUCGUCUUCUCCAUCCUUAAAGUGCUAGUGAUGCUCACUAUGAAGCCUCCAAAAGACUCCACCAACAUCGCUCAGCAGCUCAAGUAUCUGCGCCAAUACAAGCACGAGUUCCUGCGCUGCGGCAUCAUCCCCAUCAUGAUGACGAUCCUCGUGGAGCCGCUGUCCCGUAAAGGAAAACGCACGGCUCAGGACUAUUUGAAUAUGGAAAUUGUGCUCACUCUGAUCAGGAACUUACUGGCAAUCCCCAACGAAGACCCGAGGUUUGUGACUUCGACCACGUCGUACUUUAGUCAUCUACAGGAGGAUCUGAUCUGUACGUUGCACGAAGAAAACGUGUACGAGAUGAUUUUGCUAUUCGCACAAGAUAUUGACUCGCCAGAGAACAGAGAAUGGAACUUGUUGAUCAUGGAGAUGAUCGACUUGACGCUGGACUGCUCGCAGCCGAAGUCGGUAGUGGCAUUCGCGAAGAAACAGUGGGAAGGCACAGCCAAAAGUUUAGGUGAACAGGUGGCUACAUCGACGUCAUCGAGUAGUUCUACAGCGUCGAGAGCUGGACGAAACACGGCACCGGCGAGAGGAGAUCUCCUGGCGAAGCUCAACAAUGAAAAGAAGGCGUCAGCGUUGCAUCAGUCAGGAUCACGUCGUCAUUCUAACUUCGGCGGUGUGCUGACGAUGGUCGGUCCGACUGGGAGGUCGACGGUAUUGUCGGAUUUCUCGAAGACGGUGUAUGAUCAGGUCCCCCAGGCAGCCAAGAAGCCGGUCUCGAGGAGAAGAGGAAAGAAGAGUGCGGCUCCAGUUACAGACAUCCACGAAAUCUUCGGCGGUAAAGGCAAAGUGACUGAGUCCGACGAACGUACUAUGAGUGUCCUUCAGGAGAUUUGCGACUCUAUCGUUGGAAAAUCAUAUUUCCAGCUCACGAACUCGUUGAAGACAGAGUUCCGUCGAGGCAGCAACAAGUUGAUCUCCACGGAUCGUCUCCAGUACUUCCACCUCGUUUGGUUCCUCAUGACAUAUCAUCGCUUGAAGGUCCAAGCGCUGAAGUCGCACUACAAGCAGCAGCUGAAGGCAGCCCAGAAGAAGACGACGGAGCUUCAGAAUGCGUUGGACUUCACCACUCCUCCACCUCCGGCCCCUGAAAAGCCGGACUACGACGAGAAGGCAGUGCUUUCUACGCUGGAUAUGUUCUCGUUCAACUUUGUGCUUCAGUCAAUCGAGAAUUACGCCACGAUGAAAAACCAUCACGGCAUGACUGUUUCAGUCCAGCUUCUGACUGAGAUGAUGGCAUAUCUUGCAGAGCUCACUGCAAGUGAUGACCCCCGCUUCCAGCGUAUCGCCGACUCUCUGCAGCAUAAGAUCUUUUACGAGCGCGACUUCCUGGAUCGGCUGCCGGUAUUGCUGAAAACAUGGUCUCCAGGCCUCUUUCCCAAGGCAUACGUGGUCGACGUCGUUACGCUCACACAUCUCGUCUUCAAAGUGCUGGACUCUCAAGGAACUAUUAAGGUUCUUUCACGAAGAAAAGCAUAUCUGGACAAAAAGCGACAGAAGAAAAAACGAAAGGAGGGGGAGUCGAAAGACGGUGAAGACUCGGAUGACAGCUCUACGGAUGAAGAGGAAACAGAAAGACAGGCACAACUCCUUAUGGAAAUGCAACGCAAAGAGGCUGACUUUGACGUGCGGAAGUACUUUUCAAGUAUGGUGUCAGCAGACACGAUCCGGAUGUACUGCUCUCUACUUGCCGAUUACCGUGAGAACAGCGCAAAAGUGAACCAUUACAUUCACUCGUUCUUCUACCGGACAAAGCACUUCAAGAUCUACCAGCAAGAGGAAUGGACGAUGCAACCGAUGCUCUUCAACAUCCACGUGUUCCUGCUGUUCAACAAGAUGCUCCAAGACUCGUAUAUCCAGCGUCUCCCCGAGUACAAGAACUUCCUGGACUUCAUUCGUGGCGUUGUUCGCGACUUCUUCACACUCGCUGACAAAAACAACUUGCUGUUUGUGGAGGCUCUGCUACGUCAGACGUACCCUUCCAAGUCGUGUAUACUCAUCCAGCGAAGUUACGACCCGAUGGAUUCAAUGAGCAAGUCCAAAUCGGAGGCUGUUGCACUGGGACGAGAGAGGAGAAUUGAGGCGAUUAACGAGUCAAGACGACACCGCAUUGCUCUGGAUCAUGAAGAACUUGAGGGUGAGGCUGAGUUCCAGUUCACGCUUGGGCCGUCGGAUUUCCAGUCGACGUCGCUGGUGGAUAAGGAAACUAAAGAAGACGAGGGUGAGGCUGAAGGUGACGCCGAAGGUUCGUCCGAAGCUGCUACAGCAAAGCCGAAGCUGAAACGGAAGACGCCAAUGUCUCGCGCGGCGACGGAGAGGGCAAAGAACUGGAGUAAAGUCGAGGAUCGUUAUCUGGCGAAGGUGUACAUGAAAUUCCGUCAUCUGCCCUCCGUGUACGAGGUCAUUUCGUACGAGGACAUGUUUCAGGAACGUGAUCGAACACCCGAGCAGAUAGAACGUCGUGUUAAGUACCUGAAGCUUCACCGGAAGACGCACGACUCAUCUGAUGAAGAGGAGAACGAACAGAGUGCUUCCGAUGGGGAACACAAUGGCGAUCUCGAAGAGAAUACUGUGCGAGAAUCCAGAUUAGAAAAGGACCUCGCUAAGCUUGACACUGCUCAUUCCAGACGACGGCUGCGUCGUGGAGCAGACUUAAGUGAUGAUGACAGCGACGACGAUAUGCUUUUAGCAGGACCAACGAGUGCAACAACCGAUCCGUCUAGCACUGCUAACGCUGCGACGGACGAAAUAUCUAUUGGCGCUUCUGACGCAAUCCCUGAUGCGGAGAUGAACGGCACAAGUCCGACUGUGAAUUCGUCAAAGAACGAUGACACUGACGAAAGCCAAACGCAAGACAUGGAGGAAACCCAAGUACUUGAGGACAACUUGGACUCGCAUCCUCUAACAGAACAGUCUUCAGAGGCGCAGGAAACUCAAGAGUUUGAAAUUGCGGAUGCCGUUGACCAGGCUACGACGCCAGAGGUGUCUAUUAACGGUGCGAACAGUGAAUCUGGCAAUGAGGCUGAGGACACCGAGAUGGUUACUGCUGAUAUGGAUGCUGCAAAGAUAAAUGGUAGCCAGGUGGACGUAGUCUUGGAAGAAGCCGCUGAUGCCCAGUCUCUUAAGCGAAGCCGCGCCGCCGAAGGGGAUGUGGAGAUGGAAGACACGCCAGCGAAGAAAGUUCAUCGCGAAGAGGAGGCCUCAAGUGCUGAUACAUCUGCGAGCCAGCGUAACUGUUAAAAUUUGGGUGAGCAAAGGUCAACAUUGAUAAACAUUUAGUUAGAUGAUUCCUUCCUGCAGAUCCUCAUCUGCGUCCAAGGUGUCUGCAUCAGUCUCCUUUGAACCCAUGUUGAUCCGAUGUGCACUGACG